AUGGGAGAAAGCAACCAACGAAAUUCGAACAAGGGGUCGACCCUCAAGAAACCGAAAAUGACCAAAGAGGAGCGAAGGGCUAAAUACACAGCGUUGGCCCGGAAAAGGCGAGAUAAGCAGAAGGAACAAAGAGGUGUCCACAACCAACGAUUUGGACACAACAAACAAAUUGUUUGCUUCCAGUGUCGGAAAUCAGGCCAUACUGUCGCAACCUGCCCGUUGAAUGCUGGAAAUGAAGCCGUCGACAAGUGCACUAAAGUGCUAUGUUACAAAUGUGGAAGCACGAAGCAUUCACUUUCAGAAUGCACGCAUCGGGAUUCCUCGAAAGAGCUGCCUUAUGCCAAAUGUUUUAUCUGUGGUGAAAUGGGACACCUCUCGUCACAUUGCUCGAAAAACAAAAAGGGAAUCUACGUUAAUGGUGGAUCCUGCCGGUAUUGUGGAUCGACGGAACAUUUGGCAACAGACUGUAAUGACAAAAAGAAGAAGAAAACGGUAGACCCAGUUGGUGAGACAGAUAUCAAUGAUUUGCUAGAGAAACCAAAAGAUGCACAUGCUAGUGCCGCACCACCAAAGAAGAAGAAGCAACGAGUGGUUAAGUUCUAG